AAAUGUCAGAUUUCACAACAUGGCGACAGAUGUUAAUUUUUGUGUUUAUUGAAUUGUGUGUGAAUUAAUAUUAUGAGUGUAGAAACGUUCUUAAAAAGUUAAUGUUUUUGCAAUGACGAGCUUAAUAGAUAAAAUUGAACUAUUGAUUAAAAGAGAAAAAACAACGCCUGAGCGUAAAAAGGAUGAUUCUAAAAAGUCCUCGAAUGAGAUUUUGUCAGAACUGUUUAGUGCAUUUAACGCUGAUCCACCCAAAAUAGACGAAGUUCCUGUUAAAAAGUCUAAGAAAAGCAAAAAGAAACAUAAAAAAGAGAAAAAGAAACGCAGCCGUAGUACGAGUAGCGUUAGUUCAGAGGAAAGCGAAUACUCCCACAAGAGGAAAAAAAGAAAAAAGAGUAAGUCUAAAAAACGUUCUAGGGAGAGCCGGUCUCCGUCGUAUCCUUACCCACUAACGCCUGUAAGAGUUAAACCUGAACCCGAAUACGUAAAAGUCAAACAUGAAACGCCCAUUAAGUCUGAAGAUGUAAAAACUAAAGAGGUUAAGAUCGAAAAGGAUGUAAAGAAAAUCGUUACUAUUAAAAUAGAAGAUAACUCUUUGUCACCGCCACACCCGAUUCCUUUGCCACCAGAGUGUAAAAGUGAAACAAUAGAUUUAAGACAAAAGGUUGAAAGCAAAAAGUCUGAGGCUAACAACACAGACAGUGAUAAAGCUAAAGGUAAAAUUCAAAUUAAAAAUCUUAAGUUUAGUACUGUGUUUGAAGAGACUGUUAAGAAGGCUGAGGAGGAGGCUAGAAAGAGGGCAGAGAAGUAUGAAGAAGGUGAAUAUACAGACUCUUCAAGUAGUACAGAGAAGGAGGUUGUAUGUAAUUCACAUUUCCCCAAGACCUCUGAUCCUGGAGGCAUACUCAAAAAACAGGCUGAAGAAGAAAUGAAACUUGAUUUAUAUGAAGAAGAGAAAGCUGCUGCUGCUGCUGCAAGGAAAAGCAAAAAGGCUGAGAGUUCAACAAAAACAUCACGGAAGGAACGGAGUAAAAGUCCUAAGAGAUCAAGAAGCAAAUCUCGGCGAUCUACAUCAGCUUCAAGAAAACGACAUCACCGCUCAAGUUCAAAGACAAGACAUAGUAGCAGGACACGACAUAGGUCAUCUUCAAGGUCACGCCGGAGGUCAAGGUCGCGGUCGAGACGAAGGUCAAGAUCGAGGUCACGACACCGCUCACGGCGCCUAUCGCCGAGACAUGGUAGAAGCAGGAGAUCUAGGUCUCCAACUGGUGUGAAACUAGCGGACAGUGAAAAGAAGCGUCUGCUAGAAGUAGCUAGAAGGAAUGCUAUUAAUAUGCUCAAGAAUGGGGCGGUGCCGGCCGGGGCCGCCGCUCUGCCGCCACACACCAGGAACCAAGUAAUGGCUGCCAUACAGUCGGGAGGUAAAUCAGUUGAUGAACUGACAGACUUCUGCAAGCACCUAUCAAAGAAGGAAGCUCUCGGUGAGCUGUCAUCAGUUUCCUCAAACGACGACGACAUGAGUGAAAACGAAGACACACUCGCUUUCCACCAUCCUUUCCUAGUCAAAGAAAAAGCACCUAUUGUUAUGAACAUAAGGGGAGGCGCUCCACUGCCAAUCAAAGCCAAUCCCUUGCCCAUAGCUAAUAAGGAAGAGUUACGGCUGCAGUUCCCCGUGUCUUCCGGCUCACAGCACAGGGAGAAGGCCUCAGAAUGGGUCCCUGUAUCACCGCCUAAGAAAGACAUGCAAGUCGCAAAACUGAACAGCGCACCUGCUAAAACAAAAUCGAGCACAACCACAGAAAUCGCAAAAAUUUCUGAAAGAUCUUCUAGUCCACCUGCAUAUAUGAAAAGCUUUACGUCCGGUAGUCAGCUGACGUCAGUGCCGGCCCUGCCCGCGCCGGGACCUCAAGCGUAUCCCCCGGGCGUUGAUCCACAGAAAAUGCAAGAUGUAGCUACGAUCGUGUCACAGAAGCUGUCUUUGAUUCGCAAGGAACAGGAAGAAAGCGAACUUUGUAGCACACAUGGGUUCGGCUGGUCAGCGAGCGAGUCAUUCUCGUCAUCUCUCGGCCAGUUCACGGGCACGACUGGGGCUCAGAUACUGACGCCGCGGGAACUCGCUAGCGGUACACAAGCUUGGGCCAAAAAGCUGAUUGCCUCGCCGGUCGGGAUCGGCGAUCGCUGCGCGUUCGACCGUGCGGUCAGAAUUUAUAAUACUACUUGUAUUAUACUUUCUGACCUUUUUCUAUAUAUCAGUAAUGGUUGCAACAACUUUGAAUUAUUUCUGUAUCUGUAAUUAUUACAUUUCUUCAGUUUAAUAAUUAAUGCUAAAGCACAUUUUUACCUGUAUGUAUUUUAUUUAUAGAGACCGUUAAUUGAACUGGUAAUUUUAUGCCAUAGAUGCAUAGUAACAUAGUAUUUAAAUGUAACGUUAUUGGAGGGUAUGUGUUUAUAUAUCUUCGAUAAACUUUUUUGUAUUUACUGUUAAUUCUAUUUACAAAGUUUAUUCUGCAAUAUUUAAGUAAGCAUAAGCCUAAAUAAUUAUUACUCGUUGUAUAUCAGUAAAUUUAUAACGACCAAAAUAUUAUAUAACGUUUGUUGAUAUUAAAGUUAUAUAUAUUAAGUAACAUACUAUCUAACUCGCUUCUCUAAUAAUAUUUACUUCUAUUAUAAUUAUUUAACAACAUAUAGCGAUACACUUAUUUGUUGCUGCAACCAUUACACAAACCGUACAUUCCUUAUUCGUGUAAAGAGGGAACUAGUUAGUUCGCUCGUUACACCGCACUAUUCUUCUGGCAUAACGUGAUGGUAAUUCUCAUG